CUCCUGUCUGUAUUUGGCAAGUGUUGGAAAUCAGGGGCUGGACUGCUGUCAACAUCACAAAUGUAAGAGGCAAAUCAAGCUGAAAUUCAGCACAUGGAACAUCAGAGCUGGUCCAGAUAUUCUCUGUGAAGCUCAAGAAUCUGACUGUUCAGAUGAGAGAGGGGACAGAUCCUGAGAUGAGCAUGUCAGUCGGCGGUUACCUUUCCGCCUCAGACACAUUUGACAUUACUGAGCCGCCACAGUAUUAUGAUGUUCUUAUGGAUCCACUGGGCUGCUCUUACCAGGAUCCAGAUCUACAAAUUCCUCUCUAUGGCCAGCAGCCGUUUAGCUCUGUCAAUGUGCAAUUCUCGAUGUAUGGCGUGCCAAACGCUCAACAGUGUAACCCACCCUACCUCUACAGUCACCAAUGCUCAGAGUACAUCUGCGAGCCAGACAUAGAGAUCCAAAGCCCAGCAAGGGGUAGCAUUGUUAGUCUUCCCCUGAUGAAGAAGCCAAGGAUGGGCCAUGGAGUUCGCGUGAAGGGUCAGGACGAGCUCUGUGUGGUAUGUGGUGACAAGGCUUCAGGAUAUCACUACAACGCCCUCACCUGUGAAGGCUGCAAAGGUUUCUUUCGAAGAAGCGUGACUAAAAAGGCAGUGUACCGCUGCAAGAGCGGUGGAAGCUGCGAGAUGGAUAUGUACAUGCGAAGAAAGUGUCAGGAUUGCAGACUGCGCAAAUGUAGAGCCGUUGGGAUGCUGGCAGAGUGUCUGCUUACAGAGGUGCAAUGCCAAUCAAAAAGACUGAGGAAGGGCUCCAAGCACAAAGGACACAAUGGAUCAGCAGGGAGAACUGAGGAUGACAACUGUUCUGAAAACAGAAGCGUCUCAUCUACAAGCAGAUUCACGACACGGGGAUCAUCCGGUCUCUCCAGAGAGCAGAGGUGCAUUGUGAAUAAAAUUGUUGAGGCUUAUCGUAGGUACAUAGUUCAAGACAGCCUGCUCUGCCGGGUGCCUAUGUGGUCAAGUUUAACAAACAGUGUAGACUUGACCCCUCCACAGACGGAGAAGCUUUUGCAGUUUUCAAGAAGUGUACCUGGCUUUGAGCUUUUGGAAAGUUCUGACCAGAACACUCUGCUGUCCAGCUCUUCCGUUGAAGUCAUGUUCCUGAUCUUGGCUCAACAGUUCUCCGAGAAUCCCUCUAGCGUUAGCACUGCUUUGCAUCCUUUAAGUUUGAAUAACUCAAAUCCAGAUUGGGUGAAAACAUUAGAGUUCAAGUCUGGUAAUAACCUAAGGAUACCGACACACUCAGGGCUGAACGAUGAGCUCCUGAGAUCUGUGGUAAAUUUCCUCCACAGUAUGAUUGCCAUUGCAGUAAGCGAGGCUGAAUAUGCACUUCUAACUGCAACUGCAGUGCUAUGUUCAGACAGGCCGUCUCUGCGUGCUGUGGGCUGUGUGGAGAACUUACAGGAGUUUGUUUCUGAGCUCUUGUCCAGAGUAUGCUGCUGUAGUCAGGGGGCAGUGCAGGACCCACGUCGCUUCGCCCGACUCCUGGGGCGACUGACCGAGCUGAGAACACUGCGGCAUAACCACCUCACCCUUCUCCCACAGCAGCCAUGGGACAUGCAGUCCUGAGACAGUCUUCGGGGAGAGAUUUAUCACAUCUCAUCUGUUGAAAUACACUUUUUAUUUUGUCCCAACACAAUAAUCCAGGUCAAUGUACUGUUGGCUACUCAUGUGCAAACACUUUAUUGUUUAAAAUAAAAAUACUUUUUAAGCCAUCUUAUCUUCAGUAAAUAAAUGUUUGCUGCCUUUUAUAAAUGAUACAUUUGGAGUUGCG